GYGGUCGGUCGGUGGCAAGUGGCAACGCCGCUUAAAUGGCAAACAGGGACAAUAUGUAAUAUUGCCUCGUAUUAUUUGUUUUCUAUUUAGACUAUAUAUUACUUAGGUAAAUUGUAAGUGGGCACAAGGAACAAACUGAAGACAAAAUUCCACAGAGACGCAGACGUCGCCAAGGUUUAUACGCGCCGGCACACAGCGCCAAUAUGCAUCAGCAGCACAUGGAUCUCCAUGCCCCAGUGGACCUUAACAAGUCCCUGGAUGAAAUGACGCCGGAGGAGCGAAUGCGGGCCGAGCACCAGUUGAUGGUUGAGAAACACAAGGGCCAUGAUGCCAUGCACUCAGAAAUGGUUAUCAUAUUGUUUAUGACGUUAGUCAUUGCCCAAAUCAUAUUGGUCGAAUGGAAGAAGCGUCACUACAGAUCCUAUGCAUUUGUCACACUGCUGGCCAUGUGGCUAAUCCCGCUAGUUAUCUCGUGCACCUUCCUCUGGGUACGAUUCAUUGUCAUCUGGCUGAUAUUCACGUGCAUUACGGCGCUAGUCAUGCGCCGGGCCACAACAAAACCCAUACAGGGCACAACGCCCAGACUCGUUUAUAAGUGGUUUUACUUUAUCUACAAAUUAAGCUAUGGCCUCGGCAUCAUUGGCUAUCUGGUCAUAAUGGCCGCCUUUUUUGGCAUGAACUAUAUAUUUUCACAGCCGCCCAAUAUCUGGAUGGAUGUGGGUCUCAUGUUCUGUUUCUAUGGCCUCUAUAUUGGCGUACUGGGUCGCGAUAUAUCCGAGAUAUGUUCAGACAAAAUGGCAGCAGCCAUAGGUUACUACACGCCGCAGGGCAUGCCCACACGACAUCUGGACCACAAUGUGUGCGCCGUGUGUGGCAAUCAGUUGCUGGUCUCUGAAAAGGAAGAGGGCGUCAUCGAGAACACCUACAAGCUGUCGUGCAAUCAUGUGUUCCAUGAGUUCUGCAUACGAGGCUGGUGCAUUGUGGGCAAGAAGCAGACGUGUCCCUACUGCAAAGAGAAGGUCGAUUUACAGAAAAUGUUUCGCAAUCCUUGGGAGAAACCUCAUGUACUCUAUGGCAGGCUACUGGAUUGGAUUCGAUGGCUGGUCGCAUGGCAGCCGCUCAUAUUCUUCAUAGUACAGGGCAUCAAUUGGAUGCUGGGCCUUGAAUAGGCGAACAAAACUAACUGUCCAAUGGCGUCUAGUCCAGCACAUUGAUUGCCUAACACCCAAUGUACUUUACACUAACCAAAACAACCAACCAACCAAGCACCAACAAGACCAACUAUU